GCCCCCGCGGCUCCUCCCCGCCCAGGGGCUUUUCUCCGGCCGCCUGAGACUUCUCUCAGAGCGCAGCCGCCUGACUGAGGCGCGGGGACCGCGGCUUCUCCGGGGCCGCCAGGGGCGAACUGCGGCGACCUCGGGGCGCUCCCCGCACCCUCGUCACCCCGGCCCCCGGCCCGCGUCCCGGCCGCCGGCAUGGUGCUGCUGGCCGGGCCCGGGCCGGAGGGCGGCGGGGCGCGCUGCGUGUCCCCGCAGCCGCUGAGCCCACCUCGGGGCACGGAGGUCGACGAGGACCUCGGUGACUACGAGGAGUACGAGGACUUCUCGAGUCUGCCCGACACCCGCAGCAUCGCUUCGGACGACUCCUUCUAUCCUCCUGGGGGCGAGGAGCGCUGCGGCCCCGAGAGCGUGGAGAGCGUCCCGGAGGGAGUCCCGGAGGCGGCCACCAUUCUGCGCGCCGCUUGCGCCAACGACGUGGGGCUGCUUCGGGCGCUGGUGCGGCGAGGGCCGCGCGUCGAGGAGGUGCAAGAGACGGACCGCAACGGCCGGACUGGCCUUAUUAUCGCCUGCUAUCACGGCUUUGUGGACACCGUGGUGGCUUUAGCCGAGUGUCCUCAUGUUGACGUCAACUGGCAGGACAGCGAGGGGAACACGGCCCUGAUCACGGCAGCCCAGGCAGGACAUGCCACCAUCACCAGCUACCUGCUCAACUACUUCCCGGGCCUCGACCUGGAGAGGAGGAACGUGUUCGGCUUCACGGCCCUGAUGAAGGCCGCCAUGCAGGGCCGCAUCGAGUGCAUUCGUGCCUUGAUGCUUGCAGGGGCAGAUGUGCACGCGCGGGAUCCCCGCCGCAGGAUGUCGCCCCAGGAGUGGGCUGCUUACACCGGCCGGACAGAGGCGGUGCGGCUUAUGCACAGGCUGCUGGAGCGCCCCUGUCCGGAGCAGUUUGGGGAAUCCUACAGGCCUGAGCUGCCUCAGCCGCCCGUGGGCGCUGCCAAGCUCCCGGGCUCCAGGGGCUGCCUGCAGAGGCUCGCAGACUUCCUGCGAUCCUCGCUCACCUCUCGCUCUGCCCGGGGCCUGGAGGACGGAGGGGUCCUCGACCACAUGGUGAGGAUGACCACAAGCCUCUACAGCCCUGCCGUGGCCGUUGUCUGCCAGACUGUGUGCCCCGAGGACCCUCCAUGUGUGGGGAAACGGCGCCUGGCAGUGCAGGAAAUUCUGGCGGCACGGGAGGCCCAGGGCACACCUGACCUGGAGAAGGGCGCGGAACAGCAACCCCGGACCUCGCAGGAAGGGUCUCCACAAGCCAGCCCACCUGCUCCGCCUCUGCCAGGGCCGCGGGGCUCCGGCCCUGUCCCGCGCAGGGCCAGCCUCCUGCAGCUCCUGCGGCGCAGCAGCGUGCGCCCCGGUGUGGUGGUGCCCCGGGUGCGCGUCAGCAAGGCGCCUGCGCCUACCUUCCAGCCCGAGCGGGCGGCCCGUAAGAGCAGCACCAAGGACAGUGCCCAUCUGCAGAUCCCCAAGUGGAGGUACAAGGAGGCCAAGGAGGAGAGGAAGAGGGCAGAGGAGGCGGAGAAGAAGCGCCAGGCUGAGGCCCAGGAGAGGCGGGCGCCACGGUGGAAGAGAAGGACGUGAAGGGGCCCGCGGUGCACGCCUGCCUGAGGGGCGCAGCUGUGCCUGCCCUGGGGCGCCUCCACGAGGACUGCCCCCCUCCCGGGACCCUCGAAACCAUCCGUGUUGUCUGUUCUGUUGAGUAUGUUCAGAGCCAGUUCCCCCAGCAACCAGGACGCCUCGUGGGCACUCUGCCUAAAAAGUCUCCUGUUGGAAAAUUCCAUGUAAGGAUUUUUAAAGAGCAGUUUAUCACACUGAGGGUUUUUUUUCCCCAGAAGUUUUAUGUUUUUUAAUCAGCAUCAAAUUUGAAGCAUUUUACAGAUGGGGCUGUUUGUAUUUAAGCCGCUAUUACUACCUUUGUGAGAAGAACCUGGCUUGAGACAACUGUGAACUUGAGGAUCUGUUGGGUCCCCCUCGUCUUUGGCUCAUGGGCAGCUCAGGAGAGCAUGUUUCUCUGUGAGGCAUUAACUUUUGUCACAAAAGGAUUGGGUGAGAGACAAGGGCAUCAGAUUUCAUUGUAUCCUAGUUUUAAUACUGUCUUACCCACAAAGUAACAGUAAGUACCAAAUCAUUACCAAAACAAACAUUAUGUAGAUCCACACCACAUAUUUAUUGCUAGAACUCGGUGCACUUUAAAUAAGGGAUUUUAGCUCCACUGAAUGCAAAAUCCUUAACAUUUUUAAAAAAUAGAUGUGCAAGGUAAAAAUCAUUUUAUUCAUUGAUAAUUACUGGAAAU